AUGGAAAGUGAAGCGGACAUUAUAAAUACUUUAGAAGUUAAGCAUCGCAAGGAAAAAAAGGAGCUGCAAGCCCAAAUACAAGCAAUGAAGAAAACCGCUAAAAACGAUAAGACAAAGAAGAAAGAAUUAGCCGCUGAAAUUACUAGGUUGGAAAUUGAAUUGGAUGCACGGCAUAAGUAUGAAACUGAAAGCAUUAAAAAAGAAACAAUACCUACAGACUCACUGCCAGUUCUAGAAAACGAGUCAUCUAUACAUAAAGUGUCAAAAGCUCAAAAGCGAAGAGAUAAAAAGUCACAGCAAGAGAAAGAAAGAGAAGAACAAAUCAAGCUACAAGAGCAAGAAAAUCUUCAUGGCCCUAGAAAUACUGAACAACAAGCUAUUAAUGUAAGGUUAAAAGAGAAAGGCCUUAAAGGUUUUCCUAUUCCUUCAGAUGGAGACUGCUUAUACAAAGCUGUUGCUCAUCAGAUGGCAGUUGUAAAAAAUAAACAAAUAUCAGUGAAUGAUCUGCGACUAAGUGUUGCUGAUUAUAUCAGGAAGAAUAAAGAUGAUUUUAUACCAUUUAUGAGUAAUCCAGACACUUUAGAUAUGUUGACUGAUGAUGAAUUUGAAGAGUAUUGUAAUAAAAUAGAGAAUACCAAAGUGUGGGGGGGUCAAUUGGAAAUUAGAGCACUAUCUAACUGUUUGAAGCAUCCAAUAAGUGUUAUACAAGCAACUGGCCCUGAUUCUAUUGAACAAGGUACUGAGUAUGAUGGUCCUCCUCUUGUUAUAUCAUAUCACCGACAUAUGUAUAGGUUAGGAGAACAUUACAAUUCAACAGUGCCAAACACUAUAGAUGAAAAUGAUUAG